ACAAUUUUCGACAUUUCAAUAUUGAGAUGCACUAUAUACAAUCAAUUUAUUAGAAAUAUAUUUCGUUUGCGAUCGCGACUAUUGUAACUAUCUCAUCCACAUGUUGAGCUUAUCAAUAAUUAUUUGCAUAGCACACACUCUCUUAGUCUCCUAAAAAUAUCUUCAUUGGAGACUUCUAUUCGCUGCUUUUACUGUGAGAAUUCAUUCGGAGAUGAUUUGCUUACACUUGCAAAGAGUGAUUUCUACAUGCAUGUCAAAUGUGGUUUGAUCCCGCAACCCACAUUGAUAACAAACCACGGUGUUGAAGAAGAAGAAGAUGAUGAUGAUGAUAAUCAUGGCAUCAUUCAAUUCUCAUGCCAUCAACAUUACAUUUUGAGUCCGUGAAAUUAAUAUUUUUGUUUAUUUUUCAAGACGAGAGAAUUUAUGAGAUGAUUUGUAGUUAUUUGUACUCUAUUUUUUUAAUGAUGAGGGAACUGAUGAGAUGAUUUGUGUGUUUAUUUGUACUAUGUUUUUUAAAGUGAAUAUUACGGGAGACUUCUAUUCGUUGCUUUUACUGUGACAAAUCCUUCGGAGGUGAAUUUGCUUACACUUGCAAGGAGUGUGCUUUCUACGUGCAUGCCAAAUGUGGUGUGAUCCCACAACCCACAAUAGCAUGUGAUGAUCAUGGCGUCAUUCAAUUCUCAUGCCAUCAACAUCCAAUGCCACUUGUGGUCGAGCAUGGAGAUGGUGAAGAUAUUAUUCUUGGUAAGAAAUGCAUAGCAUGUCAAUUACCUUGCUCCUAUCCAGCCUACUCUUGCACAACACAUUUAUGUCUGAAUUUUUUUCAUAAGUCCUGUGUAGAUAAACUGCCACAGAAAAUUCAACAUCCUUUUCAUUCACACAAACCUCUUACCCUUAAAUUCAGUAACCUUCAAUGUGAUCUUUGUUAUAAAAAGGAUUGCAGACUCGUUUUUAGCUGUCGUGAAAUUGGGUGUACUUUUAAGGUUUGUACCGAAUGUGCAUUUCUCGAUGCAAUAAUUGUAAGAUGUCGAAGUCAUGAUCAUUUGCUUUGUCUUGUGGAAGGAGCAUAUUUUGACAAUAUCAAAUGCGAUGCUUGUCAAAAAUCUUAUAUAGAGUUGAACAAUCAUGCUACAUCUGAAAUUCAUUCGACUCGAGCAUUCCUAUUUCGUUGUAUGGAAUGUGAUUUUAACCUCCAUUUCAUAUGCGGUCCAUUGCCAUCAACCAUUAAAUUCAACUACCACAUACAUAGUUUAACUUUUCUUAAUUCAGUCGUUGAGGAUAAUUGUUACGAAUAUUAUUGCGAUGUGUGUGAAGAAGAAAGAAACCCAGACUUUCGUAUUUACAGUUGUUUUAAUUGCCGAUACGAAGCGCAUAUACAUUGUUUGAUCGCUCAGGUACGGAAUUGCAUAAAUUAAUAUUUAGAUAUAUACCUGCUUUAAUGUUUAAGUUUUAAAUCUAUUUUACUUUUACUGUAAAUUAAAGAUAUUCAUAUUAAUUGAGUACUUUUUAUUUUUAGAAUUAUAAGUGAUUUUGAAUUUGAAAAAAUAUUGUAUACAG